AUGAGUCUACAGAUGCUGAACAAGAAACUACUGAGUCGCGCUGUGGCGCCAACGUUUGCGCGCGCCAUGAGCACAGAAAGCUAUUCAUCCACCCAGGCCGCACUGGGCCGCCCUAUCUCGCCUAAUGUAACAAUUUACAAGUUUCCAGUAAGUGCCAUCUCAUCCAUCGCAAACCGGUUCUCGGCCGUCGGUAUGUCAUUUGCCUUUGUGGGUGGCAGUGCGCUGGGCGUCGUGGGUGCCGAUGUGCCCGCACUCAUCUACAUGGCGCAGGACAGCAUCCCUUUCUUUGUGCCGGUUUCCAAGCUGCUUGUGGCCUUCCCUGCGAGCUACCACGUGCUCUGCGCGGUGCGUCACAGCCUUUGGUCAUACAAACCUGAGCUUAUUAAUAACGUGGACGGACCUACAAGUUCAUACGCUAUCUUUGCCGCGGCUGGAGUCAUCAGUCUGGGUGCCGCAGCCUACACCAUUAAGGCACCUACGGAGACGAAGAAAGAAGCCAAGGACGAGUAA